CCUUCUGCUCACUGAGCACGCCUAAGCUCACACCCGGUGCCACCGGAGCGAGCUCUGCUGCCUUAUCCAGGCUGGAUUUAUUUCCCGCCCCCCCUUCCUAGCUGGCCUAAUCUGACAGCGCCUGGUAAUUAAUCUGGCUCCCCCAGCCGCUGCAAUAGGAUUAGAGGGAGGGGAAGUGCGUCACGAGGUACGAAGAGGGGUUAUGCUUUUGGUGAAAGUGGGGGGGAAAUGGGAAAUAGGUUGGUGUGUUCCCGGGGGGGUGUGUGUCGGGAGCGAGCGCGCAUGUGAGGAGGUGCGGGGCGGGAGGGACCUGCUGCGCCGCUGGCAGCGCCGGAGCCGAGCCCGGCUCGUCCUCCCUUUCUCUCAGCAUCCUCCUGUGAUCCUGGAGGUGAUACAGGCACAGCAGCAUCCAUGGCCUGCCGUUAGGCUCAGCACCUCUUUUUUUUUUUUUUUUUUUUUUUUUUCCCCCCCCUUGUUAUUCCAGCAGCUAAGCAAACUGCGGAUCAGAGGUGCUUGAUUGAAGGGCUUACAUUAAGCAUCUGGUAACUGGGAUUGUAUUCUCCUGUAUUUUUUCAGGCUCCUUGGAAAUUGAGGAAUGCAAUUCUGCCACCAUGAUGGAAGGAUUGAAAAAACGUACAAGGAAGGCCUUUGGUAUACGCAAGAAAGAAAAGGAUACUGAUUCCACAGGAUCACCAGACAGGGACGGCAUUCUGCCCAGCCCUCAUCCCAAUGAGCCACCUUGCAAUAGCAAACCCGAGAGUGUGCGUGAAGGAGGAAAAAAAAAUUCGAAGAAAACAAAUGGAGCCCCAAAUGGAUUUUAUGCGGAGAUCGACUGGGACAGAUACAAUUCACCUGAACUUGAUGAGGAGGGAUACAGCAUCCGACCUGAGGAACCAGGCUCUACCAAAGGAAAGCACUUCUACUCCUCGAGUGAAUCUGAAGAGGAAGAGGAGGCGCACAAGAAGUUUAACAUUAAGAUUAAGCCUUUGCAGGCUAAAGACAUCCUGAAGAGUGCGGCGACAGUGGAUGAGCUGAAGGCGUCGAUAGGCAACAUUGCACUUUCUCCAUCCCCCGUGAGGAAAAGUCCGCGGCGCAGCCCGGGGACGAUUAAAAGGAAUUUAUCCAGUGAGGAGAUCGCGCGGCCCCGGCGUUCCACACCGACACUGGACCCUGCCAGCAAGAAAGCUGGGGAGGACCCUGCCGCGCUGGCACCGCUCUUUGGGCCCCCACUGGAGUCGGCGUUUGAGGAGCAGAAGCUGGACGCUACUCUAGAUCAGCCUGAGAUAUGGGGUUCAGUCCAGCCCGUCAAUGCAAGCGUAGAGUCCCCAAAGCUACCAAGACCUUUUCCAACUGGAACACCUCCACCACUGCCACCAAAAAACAUCCCGGCCACACCGCCACGCACUGGCUCUCCUCUGACGGUGGGAAUAGGAGGGGACCAGACAGCAGCAGAGCUCAAAAGUGACAAACUUCCAUCCAUCAAUGACUUGGACAGCAUUUUUGGCCCUGUGCUAUCCCCCAAGUCUGCUGCUGUUAAUGCAGAAGACAAGUGGGUCAAUUUUUCUGAUCAGUCCCUGGAAAAUGUGACUCCAGAGUUGACGCCCCAGGAAAAAGAGGGGUCCACAGCAGCGGGCAGCCCGGCUGACGCUCCAGCGGCCGAGCCCUCCCGCCCAAUCCCCUCACCACUUCACCUGGAAGAAGUUCAGAAGAAGGUUUCUGAGCAGCCCCACCUUAAGGAUGAUAACAUGGAGCCAGCCGCCUCUCCCAAAGAUUUUGGGAUUGGACAAAGAGCGACCCCACCUCCCCCUCCGCCACCCACCUACCGGACGGUGGUCUCCUCACCCGGACCGGGUGCCAGCAGCGGCACGGGAAGCACCAGUGGUUCCUCAUCCCCAGCUCGCCCUGGCACGCCGCUGGCUGCCUGCAGCACCCCGCCACCACCGCCACCCCGGCCGCCCUCCCGGCCCAAGCUGCCCCCCGGGAAGCCUGCUGUCGCCGAUGUGUCCAGGCCUUUUAGCCCUCCUAUUCACUCAUCCAGCCCUCCUCCGAUAGCACCUUUAGCCCGUGCUGAAAGUACUUCUUCCAUAUCUUCCACCAAUUCCCUGAGCGCAGCCACCACUCCCACCGUUGAGAAUGAACAGCCUUCCCUCGUUUGGUUUGACAGAGGAAAGUUUUAUUUGACUUUCGAAGGCUCAUCACGGGGACCCAGCCCCCUCACCAUGGGGGCACAGGACACCCUACCUGUCGCUGCCGCCUUCACAGAAACUGUCAACGCAUACUUCAAAGGGGCCGACCCAAACAAGUGUAUCGUGAAGAUCAUGGGGGAGAUGGUGCUAUCAUUUCCAGCAGGCAUCACCCGACACUUUGCCAACAACCCUGCUCCAGCGGUGCUCACCUUCCGCGUGCUGAACUACAACAGGCUGGAGCACGUCCUGCCAAACCCCCAGCUCCUCUGCUGUGACAACACACAGAGUGACGCCAACACAAAGGAAUUCUGGGUCAACAUGCCAAAUCUGAUGACUCACCUAAAGAAGGUAUCAGAACAGAAACCACAAGCCACCUAUUACAAUGUGGAUAUGCUCAAAUACCAGGUAUCUGCCCAGGGUAUUCAGUCUACUCCAUUAAACCUUGCAGUGAGCUGGCGGUGUGACCCUGCAAGCACUGACCUCCGCAUUGACUACAAAUACAAUACAGAGGCAAUGACCACACCAGUAGCUCUAAACAACGUCCAGUUCCUUGUCCCCGUUGACGGAGGAGUAACCAAACUUCAAGCUGUGCUUCCUCCUGCUGUCUGGAAUGCCGAACAGCAAAGGAUAUUGUGGAAGAUCCCUGAUAUCUCCCAGAAGUCAGAAAAUGGAGGUGUGGGGUCUCUGCUGGCCCGAUUCCAGCUCUCAGAGGGGCCAAGCACCCCAGCCCCCCUGGCCGUGCAAUUCACCAGUGAGGGGAGCACGCUGUCCAGCUGCGACAUUGAGCUCGUCGGCGCUGGAUAUCGCUUCUCCCUCAUCAAGAAGAGGUUUGCAGCAGGUAAAUACUUGGCUGAUAACUGAUGGAAGCUUAUGCAAGUCUAUGGAAAAUAAUACGGAGAAUACCCAAGGACUGCUGUGCGUGGAGCGGGUUUUAAUUACAGUUUAAGGAAAAUGAACUAAAUCCUGCACUCGGGACAUUUCUGUUGGAAGUGUUGACAACUUUCAGCAUUUUUUCCUUGGAAAACACUGUCUUGACCAGUCCCACAGUAUUUACUUCUAGAUGUAACAUUGUUAAUGGUUUUAAAAUGUAAUUAUUGUAUUUGUAAAUUGUACUCAUUCCAGUAAGGCUGUAUUUUGGCAGUUAGACACUUGAGUUUUAGCAUUUUACCAUUCAUGAAAUGGAUGUAAUUUAAACUGUGGUAUAUAAAUUUAAUAGUAGUACUGUUGAAUGGCACAAUGCUUACAGAGGUAGAUUACAUUUUGUCAAUAUAUACAAUUUAAAUACAAUACUGAUAGCUGUUAUGAAGGGGGUGCCUCAUAAAGAGAGAGUGAAGUAGACCGACAUGCUUAUUUACUUUUUCUUCGAUCUUUAGUAUGUCUCAUGAUGAUGAAUAAAAAUCUUCAGGUUUAGCUGGUUUAACUCCAGAAAAAUAUCGCUGUAAAUGUGGAGGUUCCUAAUACAGUCUCCCAGCAAAAAGCAGAAAAAAAAUGUCACUCCUAUAAAGAGUAUUUACUUCAAAUUUCCGUUGCAAGCAACCGCCAUGAACAUGCCCUUGUUCUCUUACAGCUGCAUAUUAACUGUCAGGAGUCCCAGCGGCAUGUGCACAGGCGAUGAUCGCUUCUCUUUGCCCCAUGCCCUUACAUUUUGCAGAGGUGCAGAUAAGCAAAUAUGCAGGCAAAGAGGCUGGGUAGUAACUCUGAGCUUACAGCACUGUCCAGAAGAGUUAUUGUUGUUUUUAAGGAUGAAUUUUCCAAGCAGUCUCCAGAUAUUUGGUUGCAUUUCUAUGUUCCUUUGCUCGCCUUUUCCAGUUUUUUCCUCCAUUUUUGAAAGCCCCACAGGUUUAGAAAAUGCUUUUAAGGUAUGCAGCCUCCCCCAUGCCUUUCCAUUUUACCACACAGGGAGGAAAGCAUAUAUAUGCAAGCAUUGGAAAAUGAACACAGCCCAAGCCUGACCCUUGGUGGGACACCCAGUGCCAGCUUGGGGCUGGUGCUGAUGCCAGGGAAGCAGGAGCAGCACAGGGGGCUGCCGAAAGCCUGCGGGGCAGGACCCUGCCUCACUGGCAUCAGGAGCAGCUAUCUCAUGGAGACAGGAAAAUGCAUAGAAGUGCUAAACUGGAGGCUGCAGGGGAAAAAUUGUCCGUCAAUGUUUUCCCUGAGCUGACGCGGGCUCGAAGCUGGGCUCCUGCACUGGGUGCGACUCCUCUCUGUGCAUUGCCUAUGCAGCAUUUGCUCUCUAGUUGAUAGUCUCAGCCUACUGCUGGCAACAUGCUGAUAGCAUGCAUGGCAUUAAUGGAACAGCAUCUGCCAACAUGGAGAGCUUGUUCUCAUGGGGGAAUUUGGUGAUAUGGAGAAAAAAGAAGGAAUCUUUUCAAAACUAAAUGUAUCUGCUGUUCAGAUGCACAGAGAACACCACUGAACGUGGUGUUGGGGACCUUAGAAAUGUGUGAGAUGACUGAUAGAUCGAGUUUUACAGUCACAAAUGUUGCCAGGAUUAGGCUUGUGCAUUUGCAUUGAAAGACUUAGACUGUGCAUUUUGGGAAGUGUUUGGUCACAGAGCAGUUUGGAGUGACAUAAGAAAACAGAAAGCCACACCCAUCUUAAAAGGAGCUAAGAAAAUCUGGAGAUAUUUCAGUUCUGAGAUGACUCCCAGAUUAAGAUACAUGUGCUAGGGUAGUUGAUUUGUGUGCAUGCUCACAAAAGGUAUCAAUACAGAUGAUAAAGCACAAUUCAGUUACGCAACUUCAUACAACUUUGCAGUUUUUGAAAGUAAACCUGAUGGUACUCCUGGAUGGAGUGUUCAACUCUGUUAAUUUUUCCCCUGAAAUGGAAACAUGUAUAAACUAUGUAACCUACCCCUUUCUGACAUAGGAAUAUAGGGCAAAAUCCAAGAAUCAGUUUUUGCAUAAUUGGUUCAUGCUGUGUACAAUUGUUAUAAACUCAUGCUUCCAAGAGAGAUCUACGUCAUAGUCCUGAAAAUAAGGAUUUUAUAAUGUAAAUAUUACCAGAACAUAGAUAUUUUACUUUAUAUUUCAUUUUAAAUACAAGGUGUUUACAUUAGCAUUGGGUUUUUAAAUGAUUUUUUUUUUUAAAAAAAAAAAAACAAACAAACAACCCAUAACCCAAAGUUCCCUAGUUUGUCCCAUUGUGCUGUCCCACAAAAUGGAGGUCACAUUUUCCAGGUGCCUGUUGGUACAGGGAUGCAGCCCUUGUGGCCUGGGUAGAGAAAUGAGAAAGCCCUACACCCUUUCUGGAGCGAAUUGCCUGGCAGACCUGAAUUUGAUGUGCUGGCACGUUGGCAGCCCUGCAGGGGCAUGGCCCCCCUCCAGCCACUGGCAGGUGACACAGAACAGCUAUUCCCAGCCUGCGACACCAGGACCAAAACCAGCAGUUUGGGACAGGAUUUUUGCAUACUGCUUUUGCUGAUUUUUUGCAUAGUGUUUUAGUUCACUAGUCAUUUGCUCAGGAGUGUUGAACUUCAUGUGUCCACUUUCCCUCCCAGCACUAUCGCCCUUCUGGGCUCCUUUGCAAGGAGACACCGGUCUACAUUGAUGGUUUAGUUUUCCUGCCCUGCUGGUGUCUGACCAGAGAGGCAGAGUGGCAGAAUGGCCCAGGGAUGCUUAUUUUGUCAGGUAUUUGUCUUCCUGCAUGCUGUACGAGUGUGGCACCCCAGCAUUAGCCCAAGUGGGGAGCAGGAACAGACCAGGUGAAUUUCUAAGUCUGAAGUACAGGAGCCUGGUCGCCUUUCCAGCUGUCUUUGAGAGGGUGUCUGCAGAAAAAAAAAGAUUAUGAGCAGCAGUUUGGGAUGUAUCAGACUUAGAUUUAGAGCACCAAAUAGGGGCAUAUAUAGGAAUGUUUAUCCCCAGUGCUGGAGUCUAUUGUAGCAGUGAGAGCCCCUGCCUCCGGAGAGGCCAUGGGGGAUGCACUGCCCUGUUGCAUUCCAGGCACUCAAGCUCUGCAGGCUUCACCUCUGCUUUUAGGCAGGAAAAACUGCGUAUCUUCAGGGAAUGCAUCUGCUUUGUACUCCCUGCCUGCUAGCAGAGAGCAGCUAUGUCAGCAGGGCAUUGAAAAGGCAGCAGUGAUUUAGUUGCCUGUAAGUCACCUGCAUUUCUAGAGCUAAGCAUCAGCACCCUGAGCAUGUGAUCCAGCAGGACUUUUGCCAAGUCAGGCUGAAGCUGAAAAGGGGGCUCAGCCCUCCAGCACUGCACAGGCACCCCUUAACUCAGCAGCACUCAGAUCUAACUAUCUGAGUAAAGAAAAGGAUAAAUAAAGGAGGCACUCUAAUAAUAAAUAGGUGUGAUGCAUGCACAGAAAGGCUUUAGUCUGGUCACUUCUGUGGACCUUUCCCUUUAGAUUGUGUUCUAAGCCAUCUCUCCCCUGAGGGAUUUUUCCUUGGGGUCCCCAGUAGCCACCAGCAGCCCAUGCCUGCAGGGUAAAGGUGCUCACUGGUGGAGCAGGAGUGUUUUUCCCCACGGACACCUGCAGACUUGGGUCUUUAGAUGUUAGGAGCAGGAAGUCUUUGUUUGCAACGUUUCCUCUUCUGUUUGUUGCAAAUAUUCACAAUUCUCAGCCAGCUUAUGGUGCUCCUCACAGGAGACAUUUCAGACCAAUUUUCUACUUUAACAAUAUUUCUUAAUACUUAUGAAGUUGCUCAAUAGUAUGAAAUACUACCAAAUCGUAAGCUUUUCAUUUGGUGUUUGCAUUUGUUCUUAAAUAUAAUUCCCCUGUUUUAAAGCUCCUUCUUAUUUUUGCUGUAAGGCCACUGUUCAUUAAACUCCUAUUCCUGCCCAGCUGGUAUGAGUUCUCAGUGCGUACGUGUGCGGCUUCACUCACAAAAGCUUUGUCACACGAGUGUGAUCUUGUACCGAGGAAGUUACACAACUGCAUGCUCCUCCGAUGCAGGCUGGACUUCAAGAUGUGCUGUUAUCCAAUAUUUCAGUUAAAUUAAUUUUGUCUUCAGUAUGCCUUUUCAGGAUUCAUCUGUUAGAGGUUUUUUAAAAAAAUAGGUGGGGAAAAAAAGUUUAUGAUAAAGUGUCAUCCCAUUUUGGCCCGGUGGGGAGAUGGGGAGGGAAGACAGUUUCCCAGGCAGACUGCAGGCACCAUCACACCCUCGCUGCCGGAUGCUGUGAGGGUAUCUCUCACAGCAGUGCCCAGGGUUUGGGCUGCAUGGGGAAAUGCCAGAGAAAUAUGCUGCUUAAACUUACAGCUUUGAAGCCAUGCAUGCCUGCAUGUGAGACCUGUCUGCCUUCUCCUUUUAACAUGAUCACAGAGACCCAGCGUGGCUGUUUAGUGCCAGUUGUAAAAAUUGUUCAGCUCUUGCACAGGUGAUUUUUUUCCCACCAAGGCCCCUGCUGAGACCGUGCCAUGCUGCCCACACCACCAUAGGUUGUACUUUUGUUCAUUUAUCUAACUCUGUAUGACACAAACCAUCCAGCAAUGGCACUCUGUCAAACCACAGCUGUACCCCAGCAGCUACCGCGCAACAUUUUCAGUGCUGCUCUCUGAGAUUCCUGCAGCAUGAGCAUCACGUAAGGAAUCACUGCUUCACUUUAUCCCAGCGGAAGCAUUUUUAAACAGCUGGACUGCAAUGAAAAGGUGACAUGUUUAAAUGCCCUCAGACAGAGUCAAACACCUUUUACUAAAACUGUUCAGCCUUCCUCGGACCUCUUCCUCCAUUCCCUGUCUCCUUCAGCAGCAGUGCAGCUCCUGUGCCCACUAGGCACGUGGUACAGUUCUGUGUUGCAGAGGAAUCCUGCUCCAUUUUACCUUUUGUUUUUUUAAAUACACCCCAUGGGUCUGCUACCCAAACACCCAACAUCUAUCUGAGAAAGCUGCUUCACUACCCUGAAUAUAGAGUGAUUUCUUCCCUACCCCUUUGUUGUUUUUAUGUGAAAAUGUCUUUGUUGAAAAAUUAAUUUUGAAGCUUACCAUGACCAAAAUAACAUAACAUCAUCACACUGUACUUUGCCGAUAAGAAAUUACUGUCUCAAAGAUUUAAUUUCAUAGCCAGAAUUCUUCUUUUCUUCUUUUUCUCAAGUUUGCCAAGGAAAGUAAUUCUUGCAGAGCCCGAGAGUUUUUAUGAUCAUCAGUAUUUUAAUUCUUAUUUCACUGUAAGGCUAGAAAAAGAUCCACAGAAAUACCCCCACCUCUUGCGUGGCCUCCCUUAUCACUUUAGGAGGGACUGCAGAAAAUGCUGCUGACAACUGUGCUUAAAAUCCUAAGCAUUAGUGUGGCAAUGCUCUUCAAAGGUUUGCACACAAGCAGGACUUCACUACAGGCCAAGCAGCAUGUGAUAAAACACGUCAGGUUUUAGCAAGGCAUUCAGAAUGUCUUAUUCCUCUGGUAGAAAUCUCUCUCUGGACACAGGGUGAAUUACUGCAGACAUGCCAUCCUGCUGUUGGGUUUGUAAUCCACGCAGGAGGGGUUUUCCACUCCAAAACACUCUAAGGUUGAUGAAAUCAUCCGGUUGCUUUGACGGCACAAAUCGUAUGGAGACGUUAGUUGUGGUCUGAGAGAGUAAUCGAGUCAGGGUGUGGUUUGAAGCUCUGCUCCCACAGCCAUGGGCAGGCGGGUGGAAGGCACAGGGCACAGAACACCCUAACUGUGACACCUCUGAACACAGAGGAAGCCCCAGAAGUGAAUUGGAUUUCCCAGGGUAUUGCCCUGUAUCAUUUUAUGAACUCCCUCUUGUAUAAAAUGUUUAUAAAUAUUUGUGGAUUAAGAUACACAGGUCUAUUUUUAAGAUUUAAGUUAAAUAAGUUAAUUAAUGGCUGGCCUUUUUUGCCUAAACGUGCAAUGAGAUAUAUUAUACCUUUAGUCUACGAUGGCCUAGGUACUGCUUAGUCUGUGAUAAAAACUUUGCUGCUUACCUACUGUUCUCAGAGAAAAAAACUGUAAAAGACAUACAGGUUUGUUGCACACAGACUAUUGCAGCAAAGCUUUGUAUUUGACCACUGGUAAUAUGAAUGUGUUGUAUUGACUUGUUGAAGAUAAUCAUGAAACAACAUAUUUUAAAUGUUACUUGCCUUAUAGAUUAGAAUACAACUAUGUGGAUAUAAUUUUUGUAAAUAAUGUUUUUUAUAAAUGUCUCUCCUCCAUUCUCCCUGUCACCAUUUCACAAAAUCUUGAAUAUGCAAUUAUUUACCAUGCAUAAUGUUGCAAGAAAUAAAUCCCCAAGUCAGAACAAAGUUUAUUAAUUCUAUACAUAAGAACCCCAUUAAAUACCCAACUGAGUUGCAAUUUAAAUGUGAUUUUUUUUCCUUGAAAAUAAAAAAACAUAA